CGAGAUUUUGUAAUUUGGGAAAACCCGAAAAUGGCGGAAACUUUGAUACAUGAAGACUUGAAACAACUUGAACUUCAUACAGUUACUGCUUCUACUCCCCCAAGAAAGUACGUAUAUCAACUGGUAACCCCUGGAAGCUUCGAGGUGGAAAGACACUUUUAUCCCAGGGUUUUAAACUCACAAAUUCACCCUACCGUGCGUUAUUUUCUCGGUCUCUCGAGAGAAAGGAUAGUUAGUCGGUAUUGUCAUACACAUCCCUUUGUUGACGCAAAUACUUUAGACGAAGUUCUUUCUUGUAAUCCUCGAUAUUUGCGUUGGGCAGGUUGUGAUCUUAUGCAUACAACCAACAACAACAACAAGAAGAGUAUGGUUAUCAUCGAGACCAAUACUUGUCCAAGUGGAAACAAGUCUACGCCGUUGUAUGAAGAAAUGGAGGAAGAAGGAGGUUAUCGUGUGCUACUUCAGCGUUCCUUUCUUCCCUAUUUGAAAAGGAACGACGCAGAUAUUCCUGAAGGAGAGUUGGCUGUAGUUUAUGAUAAAAAUCCUAUGGAAGCUUCUGGUUAUGCUUCAGCGUUGGCUGGUUUGACAGGAGAGUGCGUGCACCUGGUUCCUUUUAUGGAAAAUGCAAAGGAGGAAACAGUAAGAUUCGAACGUGGAGUUAUGUACGUGAAAAUUCCGACCGGAAAAUGGGUUCCUAUUCGCGGUGCUUUAAGAUAUGUCACUCAGCGUCCUUGGAACCGUAUUCCUGUAAAUACCCGAACCAUUAUUAUGAAUCCUAUCAUUGCAUGUCUAGCAGGUGGACGGAAUAAGUUAGUGGCUGCUAAGGCUUAUGAUAAUUAUAAUGUAGAAUUGAUGGCAUCUGGAUUAGAGAUCCGAACUCCACUUACCAUUCGGGACGUUGAAUUUGAACAAUUAGAGACAUGGGUAGACAAGCUGGGAGGAUUUGCUGCAAUUAAGAUCCCCUACAGUAAUGCUGGACAAGGAGUUUACACGAUAACUUCCAAGGCAGAAUUUUUACGCUUACGAGACGAACUGAAACAAGUAAAAUAUCAAAACUUCAUUGUACAAAGCUUGAUAAGCAAUCACGAGUGGAGUUCCGUUUAUGAAGGUACUCGACUGUUUCAUAUGGGAACGAUACCUGAUAAACGUGGUAAUAUUCAUGUUUUUGAUCUUCGAAUGAUGGUUUCUGGUUCAGAAGAUGGUUUUAAAGUUGUAGGACUGUAUGCCAGACGUGCUAAGAAACCUCUUUCCAAACAAGUUGAGGAAGGAACAGAGUCUUGGGACAUGUUGGGAACAAACCUUAGUAUAAAAAUGGAAGAUGGGACUUUUGGUAGUGAGCCGGAAAGACUGUUGUUAAUGGAUCGAAGGGACUUUAAUUCGCUUGGUUUGGGUUUAGACGAUUUGAUUGAUGCCUACGUACAAACGGUGUUGGCUGUCGUAGCAAUAGACAGAAUGGCGCAGUUUUUGAUGCCAAAUGGUGUAUUUAAUAAGCAUCUUUUAACAUCAGUAGAUAACGACGAGUGUUUACUUAGCGAAAUUCUAUAUGAUUACGAACAGAAUCAUUCUGAGUGAAUGUUUGAACCUUUGAUUUGUUAUAUACAAAGUUUCUGUUUCAUACAUGUACAUCUGAACAUGGAAUAAUACUAGUUGCUUCUUUGUUGUCAAAAAAUUGAAAAUAAGUAAAUAUUCUGUGCCAAGAAUGUCUGCAGCUUUUCUGCAGCAAUUUUUACAAACUUACAAAAACGUAUACAUUCACUCAAAUCAAUACUAUGAAAGUAACUGCAUACAUCUGUACAUUUUCCUAA